AUGGGGCGCGUGGCCGGGCUGGGCAUCGCCAGCCUGCUGCUCAUGGCCGCGUGGGCAGCGCCGGCCGACGAGGGCACGAGGAAGGAGGAGAAGCCCGGGGAUGAUCCCACUGCCUACGAGAACCUGGAUCUGGACAACUACGACCUCCCGCUGGACAACUACGGUGAGAUGGUCGACUUGAGCAACUACGAGGAGCUUUAUGACUACGGCGAUCUGGCUCCCAAGAUCGAGGUGGGCACCCUGGCUCCCCGCUCCAAGGCCCAGGAAGCUCCCCCAGGCCUGGGCACCACGGCCGGGACGCUGGAUCCGCAGCCCCCGUCCCCCAGCGGCCACCCGGGUGCCCUGGAACCCGUCACUGCAGGCGCGCAGCUCAAGUGCAUAGACCUGACAAGCAACUCCAUCUCACGGGCGGACGCGGACGCUUUCCGGCUGCUUCCAAAGCUGCAGGAGCUCCUGCUGCCUGGGAACAGGCUCACGGCGCUGCCCGAGCUGCCCCGCAGCCUCGUCCGGCUGGACGCCCGCCUCAACCACAUCCCCAGCACCGGCCUCCGGCCCGACGCGUUCCGGGACCUGACCCAGCUGCAGUUCCUGCAUCUGUCUGACAAUGAGCUGGACUUCAUCCCGGCGCCCCUGCCACAGAGCCUGCGCUCCCUGCACCUACAGAACAACAACAUCCGGAGCCUGCAGGAGGACACGUUCUGUGACAGCCGCGACCACGGCCACGUCCGCCGGGCCCUGGAGGACAUUCGCCUGGACGGGAACCCCAUCAACCUCAGCCUCUUCCCCGACGCCUAUUUCUGCCUCCCGCGCCUGCCCACCGGCCGCUUCCACUGA